CUGGGAGCUGAGGAAUGGGAUGGCAUUGAUACUUGGGAUGGUGACAUGUUCACUCACUCCAGAGUAGACCCUAGCCCCCUCCUUGCAGAGAGCAAGAGGACACGGAGGGAUGGCUUGGGGCAAGGAGGUGGCAUUGGCUGGAGGCAAGGAGGUGGCAUUUAUUGAGCACUCAUGGCACGUGCAGUCCCAUGGGAAACGCUAUUUAUCAGCAUGAUCUCAUUUAGGCCUCACAACAACCCCAUGAGUUGGGUGCCAUUAUCAUCCUAUUUUACUGCUGAGGAAACUGGGGCUCAGAGAGCUGAAUCACUUGUUCCAGGUCGCACUGCUAAGAAACUAGACUCUGCUGACUUCAGCUCUGCCAGCUGGGAAGGAAGGAGUGUAGACAGGAAGUGGGGAGGGUGGGUACUGUGCGCUACAUUUACUCACAGGUCCCUCGUCUCUUACGAGCGGGGGCUGCCACCGCUGCAGGUAGCUCCUCUAGCAGCAGAUCUGGGGAGGGGCUCCCCAAACUCCCUGUCCAGACGAUGCCCCCAUCUGCCACUCAGCUAAGCCCCAGAUUGUUCUAAAAUGCCCACACUGAGCCAGGUAUUGGGCUGGGCCCUGAGAUGUCACGAGAGCAAGACAGGCAUGUUGACGCCCCUCGGAGACCUCGGUCUAGAGGGAGGCAGAGAUGAACUGAAGGUUCACCCAGAAGAGUGUCCAAUUACAGCUGGGCCCAGAGCCCCUGUUCUGAGGACACUGAGCAUAUGUAACAGGACCUGACUUUGUUUGGGGGGCAAAGGUUAGAGCGGAUCAGGAGCAUGAUGUCUGAGACGCGAAGGAGGCAGGGAGCUGGAAGGGAGAGCAUGGAGACAGGAGGGUACAUUGCUGAAAUGGACAAGGCUGGGGUGGCUGGGACAGACAAAACUAGUGAAAACCUGUUGCCAUGGGGUUAAUUCUGACUCAUGGCGACCCUAUAGGACAGAGUAGAACUCCCCGUAUGGAUUUCCAAGGCUGUAAAUCUUUACGGAAGCAGACUGCCUCACUUUGCUCCCUUCGAGCAGCUGGUAGGUUCCAACCACUAACCUUUGGGUUAGCAGCCGAGCGCUUAACCACUGUGCCACCAGGGCUCCUUAAAACUAAUCACUGGUGAUAGAAAUCAGAUCAGUGCUUACCCUCUGGGGAGGAUGACUACGAGGGGCUUGCAGGGACCUUCUGGGGUGAUGGGAACAUCCUUUUUCUUGAUCUGGGUGCUGCUCACACGGGUGUCUACACUGGUCGAAACUCACUGAACUGCCUUUUGAAGAUCUGUGUAUUUUGUGUGUGUAAAAUAUACCCCCCAAAAGCAAGCAAAUGGACUAGCGGGUGGGUGCUUGAGCCUGCAGGAGCCCGGGCGUCUGCUCAGGUAAAGGAGUGUGAGUAAGAGGAAAGGGGAGGGGCUCCUGCCUGGAGCUCAGGAAGCAGCUGCCAAGGCCAAGGGGCCUCCAUUCCCCAUCCCUUGCUGGGACUGGCUUUGUGGGAGGCCGGAGGAGGCCUCAGCUGCUGGGGUGUCCCUCCUCCUAGGUCCUCCGUAGGUCCAACCCUUCUGUCCUGCAGUGGCUGCUACCUUGCUCAGAGAUUGUCAAUGGCUUCCUAGCGCCCAAGUUGAAAAGAAGUUUUCUGCCUCUUCACUCACUCCAUGACUCCUGCCCACUUUGCUUUGCUCCCACGGUGCCCCUCGCCUGGAGUGCCCUCUCUAUCACCCCUUACACUGCCUCUCUUUUCUUUAGGGCUCAGUGCCCCAGGCCAAGGAGACCUUUUCAAGCUUUGAAUCUAUCCAUCUACUCCUCGGGGCACCUCGUUUGCUCAUCCCCUUCCCCACUACUCCCAGGACGACUGUAUCUCACCCCAUCCUUGUCCCCAGCCCUGGGGACAGAGACCAGGCUGAGCAACAGAUACCUCCAGGUUAGCCCUCCUCCACUUGAGGCCUCAGUCUUUCCAUCUGUAAACUGGAUGCCUCUGCUUGUGUCACCGAGUGGCCACUGUUUCCUCGCCUGUCCCUCCCACUCAGGUGAGAGCCAUACAAGGCAGGGACAGCGGCUUGAGGAUUUUUGAUUCCCCAGAAGGCUAAGGAAGGAGACAGAGGUCAGUCUGAUGCCUGGUUCUGUCUUAGCCAUGUGUCCCGUUGACCCUCACAGUUCUCAUCUCUAAAAUGGUAUUAAAAAUAACAACAGUAGCAGUAGCAGCAGCUUGCUGGUAUGUGCUGAUCACAGGACCACUCUCUGGUAAGCACGUUGAUUGUAUUUUCUCAUUUAAUCCUCACCCUGUGAGACAGGUCCUAUUUUAACCCCAUUUUACAGAUGAGGAAACUGAGGCUCAGAGAGGUUCUGGGAUUUGCCUAAACUAAGGUCACUUAGCUUGUAAAUUACAGUUUGGGGAUUAAAUUUUUAAGAAGCCUAAAGCAGACUUUCCGGGGCCACCAGGCUCCUUGAGGGGAAGCCGGGAACUCCCCCAAAUCCCUGAGGCUUAAAGUUGGGCCCUUGAUCUGACUUCCCAUCAGCUGCAUAGCAGUGUUCUCCCCAAGCUUCCUCUGUGCCCACGCCAUCCUUAAUUGGAGGGCGGGAGGCUCUGGGAGGCCCCUCUGGGCACUGUCCUGCCUUGUGCCCACACUGCUGCCAGGGGCCAGAGAGGAGGAAUUUCUGCGGGCACAGAGCAGGUAACUGGGGAAUGUUUGUGGAAUACUCCAGCAAUGAGGAAACAGGUAAGGAAAGUCAGGCACUCCCCACUGUAUGAAGUUGUUGGUGUGUGCUGUUGACUCGAUUCCAACUCGUAGUAACCCUAUAGGAUAGAGUAGAACCGCCCCACAGGGCUACCUAGGUUAUAAUAUUUACAGAAACAGAUCACCAAGUCUUUUCUCCCUCAGAGCCACUGAGUGAGUUCACAUGGCCGACCUUUCACUUAGCAGCAGAGCGCAUAACCAUUAGAAUAUUAUCCAGCAAUUAAAACGAUGUUUUUGAAGAUAACAUAGAAAAAUGCCCAUGAUGUGAUGUGAAACGAAUUCCUGAGUCUCAGUGUCCUCAUCUCUGAAAUGAGGAUAACAAUGAUACCAGCUCCUGGAGGUGUUGACAGUGGAGUAACGAGAGGGGUGCAGGGAGUGCAGACCACACUGGUGACACUCAGAGGGGGCGACAGUGUCAGAGGAGGUGACACUGCCGGGGGGGUGAUACUGUCAGGGGAGUGAUAUUGAGUUGGAAUCGACUCGACGGCAACAGGUUUGGUUUUUUUUGAUUAGGAAUAUCAGAUGUAGAAAAAAAUACUAAAAGGAAAUGCACCAAACCGGUAAGAGAGGUUAGCCAUGGAGUGUAGGAUUAUGGGUGAGACUUAUUUGCUUCUUUGGACUUUUCUGUGUUUUCCUAAAAUUUCCUCAGUUAAAAGAAGAAAACCAUAAUGGCUAUGUCAUUUGGGAGUGAGUUCUAGACUUUCCUCAACUGGUGCUGACCAGUCUGCGGAGACAUUGUUCUUAUCUUGAUUUGCACUGCUUCACAGGAUGGGGGCUCUGUCCCUCAAGUUCACGCUUGUUCCUGGUCCCAGCACCAUUCCUGGCGCACAGCCCUGGAGACAGCAUGGCUCCUGCAGUGGCCCCCACCCUCAUCUAUCUGCUGCUGUUCCUGAGGGCUGUGCCCGCGGCGGCCCACUCCAUGCCCCGACAGGCCACCUUCCUGGAGGACACAGGUGGUAGCGGGGAGGCCGAGGGCUCGUCAGCCUCCUCCCCGAGCCUUGCACCACCCCGGACGCCAGCCCUCAGCCCCACGUCGGUGGGGCCCCAGCCCACGGAGCUGGCUGGCCCCCCACCACCCACCAACUUCCUAGACGGGAUCGUGGACUUCUUCCGCCGGUACGUGAUGCUCAUCGCCGUGGUGGGCUCGCUGGUGUUCCUGCUCAUGUUUAUCGUCUGUGCCGCGCUCAUCACCCGCCAGAAGCACAAGGCCUCGGCCUACUACCCCUCGUCCUUCCCCAAGAAGAAGUACGUGGACCAGAGUGACCGGGCCGGGGGCCCCAGGGCCUUCAGCGAGGUCCCCGACCGGGCUCCCGAUGACCGGCCCGAGGAGGCCCUGGACUCCUCCCAGCAGCUGCAGGCCGACAUCCUCGCUGCCACCCAGAACCUCAAGUCUCCCGCCAAGGCCGCCCCGGGCGGUGGGGACGGAGCCAAGAUGGUGGAGUGCAAGUCAGAGGAGGAGAAGAAGGGCAGCCAGGAGGCAGACGAGGAGGCCCAGGGAUGCGCUGUCCCAGCGGAGAGCCCUGAGGUGCAGGAGGAGCCCUGCUCAGCAGGGGCCCAGGGGCCUCUGGCAGCUGGUGAGGGCCAAGGGGAGCCAGAUGCAGCGUCUUCGUUAGCCCAGGAAGCUGGGGGCCCCACUGGUCCCCUUGAAAGCCCCUGUGCUUGCAGCAGUAUCACCCCCAGGGUCUAACAGCCUCCCCCCGGGCUGUUGGCCCUGACUGUUGGCCCCUGAGUGGUCACUUCCUUGGGCAUGACAAAGCCCUGAUGGCUCCCAGACACCCCCUCUUUGGCCAUCCCCCCUGCAAACCCCAGAGCUUUCUGUUCUUACAGCUGGCAGAGGGGCUAUUCGCCGCCAACCCCAGGAGCCUCCCCAAGUUCCAGAAACAUGUGCCUCUGCAGCUCCAAGGGGCUGAGUCCCCAAACACUACUUCUCUGGGGAGAUGGGCAUUGAACUGUUGGAGUCAUGAUACAACGGCCCACGGAAUCAGCCACGUCAAUUGGGAAACAGAAGUCCCAGGUCCAACAGUGCAACAUCGCCCCUCUUCCAUCAAAGUAGAAGAGAGAAACAGAAUAACUAGGCACUUGGGAAGAGGUUGAAGGGGAGACCCUCAAGUCUCCAGGUUGGUCAAGCUCAAGGCAGUCUGGGAUGAAGCAAUAUUCCGGACUGUGCAGUUUCUAUUCUUCGUGUUCCCCUCGCAACCCCAAAUAUUUUGGUGUCGCUCUGCCUCUGUCCAGAGCUACCACAGCAGAAGUGGUCCUGACUGAUCUGGGACCUUCUACCAGGGUCCUUAUACACGUGAUGACAGGCCCAAGAUGAGCACUUCCCAAACUUGGUUGCUUGAGGUACCCCAGUGCAGGGUGGGGAAAGGCUUUCAAAUGAGUGGAGGAACCACUGCCUCUCUCCCCCGCCCCUUGGGCUCCCCAGGGCUCUGACAAGUCCUGCAUUCAGGGCCCCUAUUGAAUUUGGGUUCGCUUAGCCUUUUCCCAAACUCGUUUUGACCAUGGAGGAUUUUUUUCUUUUUUUUUUUUUUUAAACAGAAACAGAGGAAAAUCCUGCAGAACUUACUUUCGAAAAUAUUGCCAUCAUUUUUCCCAAAGAUGCCCCCAGUUUCUUGUUGGUCCAGGGAUGUGGGGACCUGCUUGCUGCCCAAGCAACCUCUGCCCAGGGGUGAAUUGGGGUGAAUGAAUUGGACCCUUCCUUUCAGAUCCUCAAAGCAGCUUAGAAGCUGGGGGAGCCGUGUGAGGGGGCCCCCACUCCAGGGGAAGCCUGAGGAGAUAGGGGAGGGGCUCCAAUGCCCAGCCUGGAUCAGGGUACUCUGGCCCCCUGCCCUUUGCUCUCACACAUGGUCUGUCAGCAUAGUCCACAGCAGUCUUAGUCCUCGACAGGGAGCCUGAGCUCUGACCUGACUUGGGAGGCCUGGGGGGCUCCCCUGAUCCCGCCGUCCGGAGCAUUCUCUGCACAGCCCUUGGGGGCUGAGAUGUAGCGAACCAGCACAAUAAAGCUCUAUUCUGGCCUGCA